UUCAUUGAAAAUUCUACCCAAUUACCAAUUCCGGCGAGGCCCCUCCCCCUUACGACGACUUCGGCGAGGUACCAUCAUCCAUCAUGUGCGGUGGAGCGCCCCUCGCGGACGUCAAGGUUCCCACAGUGACGCGGAGGAUGACAAAGGAGGCACUAUGGCCUGAGAAGAAGAAGCCUCGACAUGGCGGCAGCGGGGGCCAACGCGUCAUGGGGCUCGGCGGGCGCAGGGGACCCGGCCUGGAUGACAAUGAGGAGGACUUCGAGGCCGACUCCGGGGACUCUGACCUGGAUCUCGAGCGCAGUAUGGUGGAUGAGAAGGAUGGCGACGACGAGGUCAGCGAGAUCAAGUCCUUUGCCCCCGUAAAGAGCUCCCUCUCCCAAGGUUUUGAUGGUCCUUCAGCAAAAAGGAAGAGAAAGAACCAAUUCAGGGGUAUCCGUCAGCGCCCCUGGGGUAAGUGGGCUGCUGAAAUCAGAGAUCCAAGCAAGGGUGCACGUGUCUGGCUUGGUACUUUCAAUAGUGCUGAAGAAGCUGCAAGAGCUUAUGAUGUUGAAGCACGCAGGAUACGUGGCAACAAGGCCAAGGUUAACUUUCCAAAGGAACCAACAGUUCCUCAGAAGCGUCGGGCUCGCCCUGCUGCUCCUAAAGCACCCAAGCGAAGCGUGGCACAUGAACCUUCUGUCAUGUCAUCAAUCAACAACCUUGCCAACCCAAAUGCUUUCAUCUACCCAUCCGCUGACUUUGCAUCAAACCAGCCACUUGCUCUGCCUGACAACGUGUCAUUUGUUCCUGCAAUGAACUUUGUUGCCCCUGUUGAAGCAUUUGUUAUGAAUCCAUACUCUGACCAGGGAAGCAACUCCUUUGGCUGCUCUGACUUGGACUGGGAUUAUGACACCAAGACUCCAGAUAUACCAUUCAUUGCUCCCAUUUCUACCAUUGCUGAAGAAGCAGAAUCUGCACUUGCCCAGAGUAACGCCUACAACUCAGUGGUUAUUGCUGAAGCAGCUGAAUCUGCACUUGCCCAGAGUAACACCUACAACCCAGUGAUGCCUCGUGUUAUGGAGAACAAUGAUGUCGAUUUCGAGGCUUGGACAAGGUUUCUUAUGGAUGAUAGCGUGGACGAGCCAAUUGAUAGCCUUCUGAAUUUUAAUGUGCCACAGGAUGUCAUUGUCAACAUGGACCUCUGGAGCUUCGAUGACAUACCCAUGUGUGGUGAACUUUUAUGAGGGAUUCAUACCCUGUAUAUAGGGACAAAAGGAAUAAGACUAUGGGAGAUUAGGAAGCACCCUAUUGUCACCUUCGGCUAGCAUAUGCUUAUGCAAAAAAGUCACAUCCCGAGUCUCUUUUCUGAUCGACCCUGUCCCUACUCAACUGUCUAUGUGUGGCAGCCAUUUAUGAUGAACCGUUGUAUUUAUCUUUUGUAACCUUUUAUGUCAUCGUUACCAUU